GUUUCCGAGGAAGUCGGGGCUGACUCGGGACUUGGCUCGGUCACCUGCCCGAGCCCCCCUCUCUCUUCUCUCCUCUCCACCAACACGACGCUGGCUGGUCCAUGUUUGAUGCCGCUGCCAGCUUCGAACCAGGCCGGUCAGACCCGCGCGCGCCUCCGUCUGCCAUCUUGGCGCUAGUGUCGCGCUGCGCUCGGCCGAAGUCGGUCGUGCACGUUCGGGAGCUGCGGCUCGAGCGAAGGAAAAAAAAAGGUUCGAAUUACAAAACGAGAUUUUCGAGGUCAGCCGAUUUUUGCGAAAAAAAAAUAAAUAAAUAAACGAGAAAAGUGACAAGUGAAAGCAGUCGUCUUGCGGCGCGCUGUGCGAACUGCCUUCGAAACAGGAUACACGUUCACCUGACUCGCUAAGGAUGACGAGUGUGCGACAGACGGUGACCACGGUGCAGACCAACAACGUCUCCCCGGCUCUCGACAACAGCCUGGACGCGCUGCUGGAGGACCUGCAGACCAGCGUGGCGGUGAACGGGCCGACUCCCGGGCCUGGUUCGCGCGCCUACCGCGAGGUGCGCUCCCAUCGCCGCGAGGAGGUGCUGCCCUCGGACGGAUACCACGUGACUCACCUGUCCGCCUCCAACCCCACCACCGUGCUGGCCGAGCGCGCCGUCAGCCCCGCGCGGCAGCUGCAGCCUGGGGAGCAGCGAAGCAUAGCUUACAAGCAAGUUUCUUAUCAGUACAACACGAGGGAGACCCAGCCAGUGCUCGCAGAGACUUCAGAGGCGGCCGACCCUGGCUCGGACUCGCGCCUCAGGCAGAACCUCAGCGAGCUGGACAGUCUGCUGGUGGACCUGCACCACGCCCAGAAGACCGGUCUGUCGAGCGAGCAAGUGACGUCAUCAAGCGGCGUGGUGCCCAGCAGGAAUGGCGUCAACUCGGGAUUGCUGGAGGACAUCUCGGCGGCGCCCGGGCACGUGUCCCGAGUCGUGGAGCAGCGCACCUACACCACGCGCUACGCCGACCAGCCCGCCAGCCCGAGGCUGCAGCCCAAGAGGUCGACCUCGGCCCAGCGCGAGCUCACGUACGGCGUGAUCGAGCCGCGCCAGGAGUCGCCGCGCGCCCCGCGCCGCGAGGUGAAGGCAGCGACCCCGCCGCGCUCGCAGUACCGCGACAAGUCGCCCUCCAACCAGCGCUUGAACCGCGAGAUGUACUACGAGAGCAGCAAGACCUCGCGCGUGCGCGAGCCGUCCCCGCCGGCGCCCAAGCGGGGCGUGUCCCCUGACGGUUACCCCGGCUCCAAGGUCACCAGCGUGCGCAGCUACACCAGCACCCCGGGCGAGCCCUACCCAGGCCCCAAGGGAGCCUACCCCGGGGACUCCCCCACCUCACUCGGCAGCUACAGCUCCACACAGGUCGUCAGGGACACACGCACCUACACCGGAGGGUCCCCGGCGACCCACGACGGGGGUUACCCCGCCUCCAAGGUCACCACGGUGCGGACAUACGCCGGGGACUCCCCGACGCCGCUGGACAGCUACGGCUCCGCCCAAGUCAUCAGGGACACACGCACCUACACCGGGGGGUCUCCGACGACCCACGACGGCGGAUACCCCGGCUCCAAGGUCACCACGGUGCGGACGUACACGGGAGACUCCCCAACGCCGCUGGACAGCUACAGCUCUACCCAGGUCGUCAGGGACACGCGCACCUACACCGGGGGGUCUCCGACGACCCACGACGGCGGAUACCCAGGCUCCAAGGUCACCACUGUGCGGACGUACACGGGAGACACCUCGCCACGCGCGGAUGACUACCCCCCAGGCAGCACCAAGGUGACGACGGUACGCUCCUAUACCAACGUGGUCCCUGGCGGGAGGUCCCCCUCACCGGUGGCAGAGGCUCCCCGACAGACGCCCUACCGCUCACCGUCGCCGGUGCAGUUCCAGCCGCCGCAGCCCAAGGUGACGACCACGGUGCGCACCUACACGUACGAGCUGCCGGGGGACCCGCCCCACCAGCCCCAGCCCCAGGCCCGGUACCCGGAGCGCGAGCCCUUGGUGGCACCGCCCGAGCCCACCGUCAUCACGUACAAGUACUCGAGCCACUCGUCGCACCACACCAACACCAGGUUCCCCACGGGGCCGGGGGAGACUCCCGAGGACCGCGAGCCCUUGCUGCCUCGGCCCUUCCCCACGGCAUCACCCGGCCCAGGAGACACCCAGCCGCCCAAGAGGCUGGACGAGCUGAUGGCCUCCUUCUCCGACACCGAGGUGGACGAGAGGCGACCUCUGCCGGCGCCCUCCUACCAGGUGACGGAGCGGCAGGCGUCGACACCGCGCGCCACCCCGGGGCCGGCGCCGGGUGAGAGCGCUGCGCCGCCCCCUGCUGCCACCAAGGCCUCCGCCGCCGCCGCCGAGAGCCGCGCGCUGGAGCAGCGGCGCGGACAGUCCAAGAACGUGGCCGGCCCUCCGGUGUACUACCCGCCCGGGGUCGAGAUGUUCGCGCGCAAGGACCAGUCUAUGCAGAUGGCGAGCAUGAAGGGCAGCGGCAAGUACGAGAUGUCUCGUGAGAGCCACAGCAAGAGCAGCUCCGGCGGGGCGGCGGUGGUGCCCGUGUGUCUGCCGCUCUGCUGCGCCAUGCCCUGCGUCAUCAUGUGAGGUGUGAACCCCGCUUCACCCGUGUGCGCCUCCCCCACUACCAGCUUGCCCCAUCCACCUGAGCCCGGCCCUCUUGGCUGUGCGACUCCUCGCGACAACACCUCGGGAACAGCGUUCCGUUCAUUUGGUCGAGUGUCCUUCUCAUGCCGAUCAGCCUGGUCGGAUAGCGACGUAACUUCUCUGCUCAAAUUGUCGCGCGAAAAAAUACUGCCCGUAGCGUUUCAUACAAAAAAAACUUGUUUACAAAUGUUUUUUCUUGCCAAGUUGUUUUCAGAAAACUUUCGUUGACUGGUGGGCAAUAGAGACCACAUGGAACACCGGCGGGUCUGGAGGGGGAAAGGGGUAUGCUCCCCACCCCCUGAACGUUGAAUAGUUCAAUUUUCUCCUAAUUCCUUAUCAUGUUUUACCAAACUUACUGGAGUGCUAUAGAUAACACGACGUUUUUGAACCACAAAUAAAAUGUAUGUACUGAAUAUUUCAAUUCUAGAUGUACUGAAAUUGUAUUAGAACACCUCCCCUGACCACUACUCUGGGUCCGGCCCCGACAUAUGACGUAUAUUGAGGGAGGAAUAGGGGCUGCCUGUUGUCAGAGCCAUCCCAGCAGUUGCCUGUAGUGACUUGCGAACCUGUGGACAGCCGAGACCAGGGAAGCCGGGUACAAGAGGAGAUCCCAGCUCCAUGCAGCUCUCUCAUUCUCUCUCUCUCUCUCUCUCUCUCUCUCUCUCUCUCGCGUCCGUGGUUGGUCGUCUCUUGUCGGCACCGCGUGGUCCUUCUCAGGUUCUCAUUGGCCAAGUCAAUUGCGGACAGUUUUUAAUUCUGCAGACUAGCCAAGAAACAAAGAAGUUUUGCAAAGACGAACCAACAGUUGUCGUCCAAGUACACAAAUAGUAAAAAUUUUCUUGUGAAAAACACUUGUCUCUACUUAUAUUAUGCAUACUUAAACAUUUAAUUCUCUAUUCAUUUUCACCAUUUCUAUAUUUAGAAAAAUUUUGAUAAAAAUGCUUCCAUCAAGGCACAAAUUAUUAUUUUUUUAACACGAGUUGAAAAAUUGUUAUAGACAUUUUAAAGUGACAUUGGUUAAUUGAAACUAGCUGCUGCAGUUUAUUUGAAUAGGUAAGUUUUGACAAGUUGUUUAAGUUUAAUAAUCGUCUGUGACUGAGUGGAUGAUGAUUGACUGGACGCGAGGGGGGAGUAUCCUCAGGGCAAUGAGCCGUGUGCUGUCGGAUCAUAGCUCAGUGAACUGGGGAACUGUUAAGUCAUUUAUAUACUCAGAAAUGUUGGAUGUAUGUACACUAGUUGAGUCCUUCUUUAUCAGAGUUUAUUACGCGGCCAAACGUUGAAGAAUCACUAAGCAAGUUGAUUAAGAAUUACUUUCGAACCGUGUUGAUAGUUUUACUUACUGUGAGAGCUGAACGAAAGAGGUUCGCACCAGAUGGAAUAGCUCAUUCGUGUACAUAGUCGCCCACGUUUUUUCUAAGUUACGUUUUUGCACACGGUUGAAGCGUGUGGUGCCAUAUUCUCUUCAAAUGUAACAUAGCCGACUAGCAAAUGCCAAUAUAAUAAUGUAUGAAGAGUUAUGUGUAAAUGUUUAAUUACUAGUUGUCAUAUUUGCUAAAACUGUGAUUUAAAACAAUAUAUUAUUUUACUCAAUUUGUGUCAUAAAUUAGCAUUUUGUUAACUUUUUUCUACAGUAAAAAAAAAGAAA